GGACUGCCAGCAGGAGGACUGGGAUGUGAUAUAAUAGUUGAACUCCAGACAGCGGAUGUUGGUGGCACAAAUGAUGCAACUAGUGGUAGUGAUUACACAUUAUCAGUAACAUCAGUGACAUUUCUGAGUGGAAUGACAAUUAACGGAGACACUCAGUGUGCUGAGAUCCAGAUUGUGGAUGACGACAUCUAUGAAGAGGAUGAAGUGUUCCUUGUCUCUAUUAGUACAGUUACACCAUCCUCUGCUGCUAUGAUUGGAACA